AUGAUUUCCCAUACGAUAUCUGAAACUUCAGUCUUGGAGAUAGGCACCACUAUGGCGGCUUCAAACAUUCUUAAGGUCACCAACAGAUCUCCGCAUCGGCCCAUCAAGAAUCUACCGCCUACAAUUGAAGUAGCAGACGACGCCACAGUCCUUCAAGUCAAGGAACAAUUAUCACGAUUAACUCGCCUCUCUCCUGAUCGUUUGGGUAUAUUCGAUCCAGAAAAGAAGAAGAUACUGCGAGAUCGCAAAGCAUUUAUUCUUCAUCAAGAUGAGAUUGCUACAGAAAGAGAGAUACUCGUCAAAGACUUGGGCCCUCAGCUAUCCUGGACGACAGUUUUCAUUAUUGAGUACCUAGGUCCCAUUCUACUUCACUUCCUUGUCCCUUUUGUCUUACGCCCAUACAUAUAUGGCAAUCGAGAAAUACCUCCACUUUCAGCUUCACAAUAUCUUUCGUGUACCAUGAUCGUGCUGCAUUUCCUGAAACGUGAAAUCGAAACAAUCUUCGUUCACAAAUUUUCACUAUCAACUAUGCCGCUGCGCAAUAUCUUCAAGAACUCGGCCCACUACUGGAUUGGAUCGGGAGUAGUCUUGGCUUACUACGUUUAUCACCCUGCUUCAUACACCCAACUUGAGUCAGAAACUAUUAACUAUGUCAACAUGGUGGGUGUAGCCUUAUACAUAUUUGGUGAAAUUUCCAACGCCCAUGCCCAUCUAACACUAAGCCGAUUACGGAGCAAGGGUGGAACUGAAAGGGGUGUUCCUAGAGGAUACGGAUUCGAGUGGGUCACUUGCCCUAACUACCUGUUUGAGAUCAUCGCCUGGAUUGGUAUAAACUUAGUCACAAAGAGUAUCUCGACAAUCAUCUUUAUCGUAAUCGCUUGGGCUCAGAUGCACCUAUGGGCCAAGAAGAAGGAAAAGGCGCUCAGGGCCGAGUUCCCAGAUACAUACAAAAAGAAGCGGAAUGUUAUCUUCCCUAUUUUCUAA